AUGUAUCGCUUUAUUUUAUUCGUCACGUUGACGUGCCUCGUCUUUAAUAUCAGUAGUAAAUUGAUCGAAAAAAAAGAUCAAAGGAUGGAAUUAACGACUAAAGAAGAGGAAGAUACAAAUAAAUCAUUGGAAGUUAUCUCACGUUCUUCGAUCAAUGACGAUUCACCGAGUAAUCACUCGUCGAAGAAUUUCAGUAUGAACACGCAAACUGAUUUGUGUUCAAGUGUAAAGGAUAAACGUCAUUGUCUUGUAUCACUUUUGUCAAGAAUAGCAAAAAUUCAAGUCGACGAUGAUCGUGAUUUGAGAAAUUGGAAAAAAUCAUCCAUAAAGAAGAAUCAAAAGUAUCAAUCGAAUUUUGAGACAAAAAAGGAACACGAAUCUGGAUUAUACACUGAUCAGACAUCAGGCAAUUGUCGUUGCAACAUUGUUCAAGAUAUUUACGUGCCGGAAGUUGGAAAAAAAUUACCGGCUUAUGCUUGUCGACUUCACGACAAGAUUUUUGUUCUUACCAGUGAAAGAUUUUUCGACGAUCGUAGAUCUUACUUUGAUAUAAAAGUCGACGAGGAAACGUCACAGCAUUUGAUUACAGCUGCCUCGAAGCCAUCCUCGAAAACCGUUCACACCAAAAAGCUUCCGGUCACGCUUGUUUUAAAAAAUGGCGAGGAUAAUUAUAGGAUACGAAAAAAGUCAUAAUAUGGAGAUAACAAAAAGUGAAUACUUUCUUAAGGUAAUAAGAUAUAUAUCUUCGUGUCUAUUGUAUCAAUAAAAUCUCGUAUUAAAAUAUG